AUGGCAGCAAAUCAAGAACUCCAAGCAGCGAUUUUGCAGAUGACGAAACUUCUCCAGCGGUUGGCCGUUCCACAAGCAGCAAACCCAGAGCAAGUAUUGGAAUCGCUGUCCACCAACAUCAGCGAGUUCAGGUUCGAUCCGGAGAACGGCACCACAUUCGAAAAAUGGUUCGCCCGUUACUCGGAUUUGUUCGAAAGCGACGCACGCAGUCUCGACGAUGCAGCAAAGGUUAGGCUCCUGCUCCGAAAAUUGGACACGUGUUCCCACAGUCGCUACGUGAACUACAUCCUUCCUCAAUUGCCGAAGGACAUCCCUUUUGCUGACACCAUCAAGACACUGCAAAAGAUCUUCGGUAGGCAAACAUCCGUUUUCAACAAGCGCUACCAGUGCCUACAGCUGGUGAAAUCGGAAGCUGACGACAUCAUUUCAUACGGCGGUCAAGUCAACAGAGCAUGCGAAGAGUUCGAGUUUCAAAAUUUGAGCAUCGACCAAUUCAAAUGCUUGAUUUUUGUCUACGGUCUCAAAGCACCACGUUACGCAGACAUUCGAGCAAGGUUGCUUUCCCGCAUCGAAGGAGGAACGGACGAGGCUCCGGUGACGAUUCAAACUCUUAUCGACGAGUUCCAGCGAAUUGUCAAUCUCAAGUCGGACACCACGAUGAUAGAACAUCCAUCAAGUUCAAGCAAAUCGGUCCACAGCAUUUCGGAGAGGAAAUCCGGCAUCCAACAACGUUCAUCGAAAACGGAAAGUAAGUCCACACCUCGCACUCCCUGCUGGCAGAGUGGACAAAUGCAUUUUGUCCGCGACUGUCCCUUUUCCGACCAUCUCUGCAAGGCAUGCAACCGCAUUGGUCACAAAGAAGGCUACUGUGGCUGCAUGAGGAAGUCAGGCGAUUCUUCAACCAAGCCCCAAGCGAAGAAGAAGAAACACUUCCACAAAAAGGUUGGCUCCAGAACCGAAGCCAAGGGCAUUUACGUGAACCACAUCGCAAACAGUUCCCGGAAGCGCAGGUAUGUGACUGUCACCAUCAAUCAGGUCGCUAUCUCGCUGCAAUUAGAUUCCGCAAGCGAUAUCACCGUAAUUUCCAAGGCAACGUGGCACCAGCUUGGCAAACCGAAACUUACACCAUCAUCGAUUGAAGCAUCCAACGCAUCCGGUGGUCGACUCAAUCUCAUCGGCGUAUUCAAUUGCGAUGUCACUCUCAACCGCAUGAGCAAGAGUGGCCAAUGUUUUGUUACGUCAUCACCAGACCUCAACCGACCAGUUCCAUUCAACACCAUUUCACUUGUGGAUGCUGAGCUAACACGUCUACAAUCGCUCAACAUCAUCACGCCGAUCGAUUUUUCGGAGUGGGCCGCUCCGAUAGUAGCAGUACGCAAGCCGAAUGGUAAAGUUCGCAUCUGUGCGGACUAUUCUACUGGACUCAACAAAGCGCUGGAGAGUAACCACUAUCCUCUACCUGUCCCGGAGGAAAUUUUCGCUCAGCUGAAUGGAAGUUCGAUAUUCAGCAUCAUCGACCUUUCUGAUGCGUAUCUGCAGGUGGAGGUAGACGAGGAAUCGAAAAAGCUUCUCACCAUCAACACACAUCGGGGGCUUUUUCAAUUCAACCGCCUCGCUCCCGGGGUGAAGUCAGCACCUGGGGCAUUCCAACGGCUGGUUGACACAAUGAUUGCCGACAUUCCUGGUGUUCGGUCAUUCCUCGACGAUGUCAUCAUAUUCGGACCAACCUGGGAAGCACACAAAGCGUCAUUGGAUCAACUACUUCAGCGAUUGGAGAAAUAUGGGUUCCACGUCAAGAUGGAAAAGUGCCACUUUUUCCAAACUGCAAUCAAAUACUUGGGGCAUAUCAUCGACAACAAGGGCAUCCGCCCUGAUCCAGAAAAGCUCCAAGCCAUCGCCUCCAUUCCAGCACCGACCAACGUUUCCGAACUGCGCUCAUUCCUGGGAGCCAUAAAUUUUUAUGGCAGAUUUGUCCGUAACAUCCAUGAACUUCGACAUCCACUCGACCAGCUACUUAAGAAAGAUGCGAAGUGGCAGUGGAACAACGAUUGUCAACGGUCAUUCCGGCGAUUUAAGGAAAUCCUGCAGUCCGAAAUGUUGCUAACUCAUUACGAUCCGAAGCUACCAAUCAUCGUGGCUGCGGACGCUUCAAGUACGGGCGUCGGUGCAGUCAUUUUCCACGAAUUUCCAAAUGGGUACCUAAAAGCAAUUCAGCACGCAUCAAGAUCCUUAACUGCAGCAGAGCAAGGCUACGGGCAGCCGGAAAAGGAAGCACUUGCGCUUACGUACGGUGUGACGAAAUUCCACAAGUACCUACUGGGUCGACGAUUCACUCUUCUCACGGACCACAAGCCGCUACUAUACAUUUUUGGUUCGAAGAAGGGAAUUCCGUUGCAUACCGCAAAUCGACUUCAAAGGUGGGCGCUGAUGCUGCUCAAUUACGAUUUCGACAUCCGUUACGUUUCCACCAACGAAUUCGGUUGCGCUGACAUGCUGUCCAGAUUGAUCGACCGUACCAAGCAGCCAGAGGAGGACUAG